AUGAAAAAGGGAGGGCAAAAAUUUAGCGCGCUUGUGGUGGACGACAACAAAAUGAUCCGUAAAGUUGAGGAGAAGUUGUUGGCGAGAUUCGGAUUUGAGACAAAAGUAGUGGAAAAUGGGGAGAAAGCUUUGAAAUUGUUCGACGACGGGUAUACGUUUGAUGUUGUUGUCAUGGACAUGGAGAUGCCCGUUAUGAAUGGGCCCGUGGCCACUCGUGCGUUGCGAGCAAGGGGGGUGGACUGCAUGAUAGUCGGGGUGACUUCCUGUGGUGACGGACCGGAGAAGGCGGAGUUCGAGGCGUCCGGGUUGAAUUGCUGUUGGGAGAAGCCGUUGAAUGCUGAGAUAGUCGGGACAAUCCUCAACAAGUUGGACAAUAAAAUGUCUUGA